AUGCCAAACGGGUGGAUCAACUUCAAGUCAUUACAUUGCAAAUCAAAUGCUUUCGAUGAUGUCUACGAUUGUAACAACAAAUCUCUAAUGUCGAGUUACAGCUGUAGAAAGAGUUCACAUUGCGUCAAAGACGUGAUCGAUACCCGAUUCGGUAAGAAAAACACAAAAUCCGACCCGAGUUUAAGGCGUUUGAAGUCAUGCCGAACCGAAUCGGAGCUUAACCCGCCCUCCCGGACCCGACGGAGCAAAUCUGCCCGAACAUCCAACGCGCUGACCGAGCUGCCCGAUGGCCAUCCGUCGAGGAACGUAGUGGAGAUUAUAUUCCAGUCUAGCUGGAGCUCCGAUGAAUUUCCGGGUCGGAUCGAGAUGAUUUUCAAAGUUGAUAACGGGUCAAGGACUGUGACCCGAUUCGAGGAGUACAGAGAGGUCGUCAAGUCACGUGCGGGUGUAAACGGGGAUAUAGCCGGCACGUGCGAGGAAGACGUACGGUGCUUGGCCGACGGUAACGAGAUGAUGAGGUUUUAUCCACUCCCAAACGGUAUUAACGGCGGCGACUGGAUCUUCGCCGGCGAGAGAGGGCAGGCGUUAUGUACGUUUUCUGGUAGCGGUGAAGCGCAUGCGAGCAGCGGAAGUGGCGGAGGAAGGAGGGCGAUGCUGAUUUGUCGGGUCAUAGCGGGUCGGGUUGCUAAUAGAAUCGGGUUCGGGUCUGACUCAGUAGCGGGUCGUGACGGCGAGUUGUAUGUCUUUGAUACACGAGCGGUGUUGCCUUGUUUCCUAAUCAUUUUCAUAUUGUAA